AUGGGAUCCACAGCUGUAUUCCUUAUAUUCUUCAACUUGUUGAAUGUUAAUUGUUUAGAAGGAGAGACCCCAGCAUUAAAGGUUACAACACAUGACGCGACAAGUAAUACUUGUGACAUCCAAACUUUACAAGUUGAGUAUGACCUGAUUGUUGAGAAAUGUGACAAAGAUAUAGACGGAUCGCAAAUUUGUACAGUCAGCGACGGAGAAAAUUUUUAUGAAUAUAAAUGCGUCAAUCAAGUUUGGGAAUUGGCACCGGGAACAGCUGCUGAACCAAACAAGCCUCCAAAGUACACAUUCUGCCCGCAGAGUGGGCUGAAUUAUACUGCUCCUCGUCUGAAAACGUCUGUUAAGGUGACAUGGAGAAAACCCAUUGCCAAGGAUGACAAGAAAGUGGUCAGUGAAACCUCAAAUUACCAAAAUGGAAUGGUAUUUCAAGGGAUUCCCCAGGGGAUAAGGUAUGACGUAAGUUAUGUCGCUAAAGAUGUCACUGGUGCUAAAGAUGUGUGCACAUUCUGGUUUACAGUAAAAUAUUUAUCAUGUGAAACACUCUACCCGCCAAUGUACGGAAUACAACACUGUUCCCAUAACAACAUCCUAGGUUCCGAGUGUAAGGCGAUGUGCUUUGAAGGAUACGAAAUAGUAAAUGAUAGUGAUACAUCAACUUGUCAAGAAGACGGAUAUUGGGACAACCAGCCUGUAUGCCAAAAGAUUGUCUGCGUUCCACCAUUUAACAUAGAAAAUGGUAAAGUUGAAUGUGAAAGCGAAGCGUAUACAUUCGAAAGCGAAUGUUCAUUUAUAUGUGACAGCGGAUAUGGGCUUAUUGGUCCUUCAAGAAUGGAGUGUCAGGCAGAUAGAACAUGGUCAGUCGCUAAUUCUACCGUCUUAUGUAAAGACAAUGAGCCACCAGUUAUUAGUUGCGUGUCGCCCCAAAUUGUUUACGCUGACCGAGGUGGUUUCUCUACAUCUGUUCACUGGAUUGAGCCUUCGGCUACCGACAAUGUAGAUAAGAAUCCAGUCAUCAGAAAAUUGACCAACAUUUCUCAAGGGGACAUUCUAUCAGAAAAUGACUACAUAAUAUCUUACGAAGCAGUUGAUAUGGAAGGAAAUACGAACGUGUUUGUGUCGAAAUGUGAUGUGGUUUUAACAGUCAAAGUAAUUUCAUGUCCGCAUGGCCCCAAAGAUGAACUGAGUAAUUCCCGGUUUAUACAAGCUAAUUGCAGCGAUUCUUUGUACUACGAUGGAGUAGUUUGUAAUCUUGCAUGUGACCUCCAACUUCCAUUGAAUGGUUCAGACAAGAUGACUUGUGAAAGAAACGGAACAUCUGACAAAGGCAUAUGGAACUGGGACUCUGAAGAGCAGCCAUUUUGUGAAGUGGUAACAUGUCCCCCAUUAGAACCUCCAGAUAAUGGGGCAAUGGUUACAGAUUCCGUGGCUGCUGUGCCUAUCCAUAUAAUGUUUUGCGAAGAUGGAUACGAUAUUCCAACUGGAAUAAGUUCACAGUUUCAAGGAAGACUAAGUUGUCAGGAUAGUGGAGAGUGGUAUCCUUUGUCAGAAUUUCCUGACUGUAUAAUACCUGUAAUCCCUGUGCUGAGACUUCCAGCAAAACUUAGAUAUAUCGGUAACUGCAGUGACGAAUCUACCAAAGAUGUAAUCAAAAACACAGUUAUAGAAUACUUGAGGUUUGUGAAAGCUGAUGUCGACAAAUCAAUUUGCGCCGACUUAGAAUCUGACACUUGUAAAAUUGGAAACGUAAAUGUUGAAUGCGGAGCAAAAAGCAGAAGGCGGCGUAGAGUCAAAGUCCACGAGAUUCAGAAAAGGGAUGCUGAAAAUGUCUUUAUUGUGAAUUUUGAAAUUUCAAUUGCCUUUUAUACAAGUGGUAAAGAAGACAAUGAAGCUUAUUUGGAUAUUUUAGACAAAUUCAAUAGUAUCACAGCUUUAAUGGAAACAUAUGUCGACGGUGGACAGUUUGAUAUUGAAAACUUUUCAAGAGCAAACUCCACUUUUCAGACAGAAUCACCCCCAAAUUUCGUAUGCACAGAUUCAGGAUUUUUAUUUGAGUCCACAAGCUUGAAAUGCAAGCCAUGUCCAAAAGGAACAUACCUGAAUUCUUCAACAAAUAUGUGUGAGUUUUGCGAGGUCGGUGAAUACAUGGAUCAUGAAGCGGCCACAUCUUGUAAAGCAUGUCCUUCGGGUUUCAGCACAUUGAAAAAAGGGUCUAAAGAUGCUGCGGCCUGCUUAAAACUUUGCAAACCUGGCUAUGUAUCAACAACAACCAUGAGUCCAUGUUAUGCUUGCCCUGUUGGCACAUACCAACCUCUUCAAGGCCAGACAACCUGUGAGCCAUGUGAGACUGGUCAAGCAACAAGCAAAACAAACAGCACUUCAAAGUCACAAUGUCAUGCUUUUGAUUAUUUCCUGAGCAAACUCGAGAAGGAAAUUCAUCUAGGUUCUUUUGACGCCAGAGAUUCAACAAGCAUUACUUUGACGACCUGGAUCCGACCACUGACUGUCAAUAACAAACGUAUUUCACUAAAAAUUAGGGACAGAUACGAUGAUAUUCUAAGUCUUACAUUUACAGACCAUGUAAAUGUGGAAUUUGGGUCAAGUUCGUAUACCUAUGGCGAUGCAUUGACAAAACAAUGGAACCACAUUUCGUGUACAGUAAACAUGUCAUCAGACAGUAUAAAAUUCUAUAUCGGUGGAAAUCUGUCAUUUAGUGAAACAGCAACGACAAACAUUAGUACAAAUUCAAUUUCUGAAGGAAGCAUUGUAAUAGAAAACCAAUCUGAAGGUAUAUUUAUGUCCGGUUUUUCACUUGUUGCAAGUGAAAAAGAUUUGAAUGACGUCACGCCGUUACUAAAUUCAUGUGCAACGACGUCAGAUGAUGCAAUAUUUUCAAUGCAAGAUUUGUUUGAAAAUCGCAUUCAAGGAAGUUCAAUACCAUCGACGUGUGACCCUAUAAAUGAGUGUGAAACAGGGGUGUGUGGUAUUCACACAUGUAUCAACAAAGUCAAUGGUUUUGAUUGCGUCUGCAAAAAUGGUAUGACCGGCACCCUAUGUAACAUUUCGCCAGAUUCUUGUCGUGAUAACAAAUGUUUGAAUGGUGACUGUAUUUCUUUGAAUGGGACAUAUAAAUGCAGUUGUACCGACGGAUAUACCGGUCCUUUCUGUAGUCAUCCACCAGUUAACGGUGGAUGGUCAGAAUGGGAGAAAUGGAGUGUUUGUUCAGUCUCAUGUGAUGGAGGAUCAAGAACAAGAAGAAGAACAUGUAACAAUCCCUUGCCGAGUUUCAAGGGAGAUAAUUGUGACGGAAGUGACACUGAAAUCGAUUCCUGUAGCGAUGCCAUCUGUCCAUCAUGUCCAGAACUCGCUAGACAGUUUGGAACAGUUAUAACAUGCAAUGAUAAAUUAGCUGAACAGUUUGUUUCAUGUCCAGAACUCGCUAGACAGUUUGGAACAGUUAUUACAUGCAAUGAUAAAUUAGCUGAACAUAAAGAGUGUAACAUGACAUGUAUACGUGGAUCGGUUUUAACAAAUGGACAAAAGCCAUUCGAAAAAUACAGAUGUGGUCCUUCAACUGGCUAUAUUUGGAAGCCAACCGAUAAACUGCCAUCAUGUGUCGAGCCCGUAAGUCCAGAUAAUCUUGGAUUACGAGUAAAUGCAAGAUACACACGCACUAUUCCCGACACCAAAGCAGAUUAUGUCACUUCCGCUGUAGAACAGAGAGCGACUGACAAGAUAUGUGGAUCAUGUAAAAUUGCAGCCACAGCUGAAAAGGGUAGUUUGUCAAAAAGAUCAUCUUUGUCUAGUUCUCUAACACUACAGUUUUCAAAAGAGAUAGCUGAGAAUGGAGAUAUAGAGCUUGCUAAUUAUCUAACUGACGGAGCAGAAACUCCGGCAAUGACAGAACUUCUACAGACUCGACAAACAAUAAAUGACAUAUAUGAGUAUAUAAUCGCAAAUUCAUCAUCAAUAUUCGAUGUUACUGUUGAUGGUGUGGACUAUACGUCCGACAAUGAUUCCAUUUCUUUCUCCAGAACUAUAACAUGUGCGGACGGCAACGCAGGGGCUGGAGACUUAUGUGCUAAAUGUGCAGCAGGUACAAAAUUGAACUUUCCUGACUGUGAUAGUUGUGAGACCGGAACUUAUCAGCCACUGCAAGGACAAAAUCAGUGUUUGCCUUGUCCAGCCGGAUAUACAACUUCUGCUUACGGUGCCACAAACAUAUCCGAAUGCUCAGAAUUAGUGGAGAUAAUUCCAAAGAACAAAGAAAAAGAAGACGAAAGCAGCGACAAAACAUUAACUAUUGCGGUUCCGGUUGUUGUUAGUUUUGUGUGUCUCUUCAUCAUUAUUGCAAUCGUAUUAAUAGUAUGUAAGAAAACAAAAAAACUUUCAGCUAGACAAGAAAUCAAUGGCAGCUUAUUCAGCUUAAAUAUGAUACGCCCAAAUUCCAGCAUUUCGUCUGAUAAUGGAAAUGCAAAAGUAACAUUCAAUAAGAAAAACAUUAAAAUGGGGUUUUAUUUUGAAAACGACUUGUACGAUUAAUGAAGAACAUGGCCACAACUCCAAUUGGUUGUUUUGAUUUAAAACCAAUGAAAAUGUAAAGCGUGGGGACCAUUUAUUACUUAUAAUAAUACAUAUUUCUGUUUUUCUAAUUAUUUAUAAUUUAUUUUUCUGUAUUUUUCCCCUUUUUUGUUUGUUUUAACCUUACGUACCAGAUUGCAUCAUUAUGUCUGAUAAAUACCUCAUGAAUACUUACUUUCAUCGGUUACACCCUACAAUAUUUCUCUGGCACGACUUUGAGCGCAUUGAAGAAAUUAUAUUAGGAGCGGCGUUCUGUAUGAUAGCUUAAUGGUUAUAAUUUGCUUGUUCGCAAUUACUCGCAAAGCAAUAAAGAAAAUUUCCCAAAAAGUGAACGUUACAAUAUACUUGUGGCAAUCGAUAACCUUGGGUUAGAUCUUUGUGCGCUAUAUUCGCAAUGGAAUCACACUAAAAAGUCUUAUGGUAUUUGAAUGACGGGCAACUGAAACUGGUCUUGUUUACCUAACAGUGUACACUUUAUCACUGGUUCAAAAAACAUAUAUUAAGAACAAAUAAGUCACCGGUCAAAACACGACCAUUUUCCUCUCGGGUUAGAGCUUUGUGCUUUAUAUUGCGUGAAGAAAAAGGCUAAAAAUUAUUGCAAUUGCUUAUCUCCAGUAAGAAAGCAAAUUUAAAUAUUUCACAUGAAUGUUAGAAUUAAAUUACUCAAUUAAUAAUUAUCAGAGUAAACCCCCAGUAAAUACCAAAGAUCGUAAUAAAAAUCAUGAAACUUGACCACAAAUUUUUCAGAUUUGUUGAAAAUAAAAUGAAAUGGCAAAUAAACGUUCAUUUUCACUAUAAACUCGAUCGUAUUUUCAAGUUAAAUAUACAAUUGCAUAUAUUUACAAAACACCUUUGAAUUUUCAAGAAAUCUUUCGAGUACAUUUAUUGAAUCUUUUUAAGUCAUUUAUUGAAAAGUCUUUAUUGAAUACAUGCAAAUACAUCAAGACCGGUGUAAAUAUUGUUAUGUUUUUAAUCGUAUGUUUUGUAAACUUAUAUUGAAAUAAAAGUGUAUCUAC